UGCACUUCCUUCCGUUGCCCGUUCCGUUCCCAGUUCCUAACAUCUGAUUAAACAGAUCCAAACCUAAGAAUAGCAUUCAUAGUAUAAUGGCUAGCGUGAAUUCUCAGGUUGCAGCUCUGAAAAUGGAGAAGGUUGAGGAGGAACAAGAAGAAGAAUGCCCCAUAAAACAAGUGGAGCUAACUGUACCAAAAACUGAUGACCCUGACAUGCCAGUUUUGACAUUUAGGAUGUGGGUUUUGGGUAUAUCUGCAUGUGUGAUAUUAUCUGCCGUGAAUCAGUUCUUUUGGUAUAGGAAACAACCCAUGUUUCUUUCAGCCAUAUCUGCUCAGAUUGCUGUUGUGCCUUUAGGACAUUCACUGGCAAGAACACUGCCUACUAGAUUAUACUUUCAGGGCACGAAAUGGGAGUUUACUAUGAAUCCAGGACCUUUUAAUGUGAAGGAGCAUGUUCUCAUUACUAUCUUUGCUAAUUCUGGCGCUGGAACUGUUUAUGCUACUCAUGUUCUCAGUGCUGUUAAGUUGUUUUAUAAGAGAAAACUCACUUUCCUCCCUUCCUUAAUUGUUAUGAUCACUACUCAGGUGGUGGGUUUUGGCUGGGCUGGACUUUUCCGAAGAUAUCUAGUAGAGCCGGGGGAAAUAUGGUGGCCGGCCAAUAUGGUUCAAGUCUCAUUAUUCAGCGCACACGCGUGCAUGUUUGUGUAUUGUGUAUUAAUCAAAUUGGAGUUGGUAUCUAAUUUACAUGGAUAUAUCAUCACUGCAGGGCUCUACGAGAAAGACAAAAGAGCAAAAGGAGGGAUAACUCGAACCCAGUUCUUCCUCAUUGUCCUGGUCUCCAGCUUUUGUUACUAUGUCCUUCCUGGGUAUCUUGUGCAAAUUCUAACAUCUUUCUCUUGGAUCUGUUGGAUUGCUCCUAAAUCUGUUAUUGUUCAGCAACUGGGUUCAGGCCUAGAAGGUCUUGGCAUUGGUGCUAUAGGGUUCGACUGGUCCACAGUUUCUGCAUAUCUUGGUAGUCCACUUGCUAGUCCAUGGUUUGCUACUGCAAAUAUUGCGGUUGGUUUCUCUCUGGUUAUGUAUGUUUUAAUACCCAUCAGUUACUGGGGUAAUGUCUACAAUGCCAAAACCUUCCCAAUAUUUUCUAGUAGUCUUUUCCAAGGAAAUGGUGAAGAAUACGACAUCCACAGUAUUGUGGAUUCCAAGUUUCAUCUCGAUAAAAAUGCGUAUGCGAGCUCUGGGCCUGUGCAUCUCAGCACUUUCUUUGCUAUGACCUAUGGUGCUGGAUUUGCAGCUCUUGCUGCCACAUUUAUGCAUGUACUUCUGUUUAAUGGAAGUGACCUCUGGAUGCAAAGCAAAAUGGCAUUGCGGGGAAAAAGGAAAAUGGAUAUACAUACAAGGCUCAUGAAGAAAUACAAAUCGGUUCCUUUGUGGUGGUUUAUUGUCAUCGCCAUCAUAAACAUUGCUGCUAUAAUCAUAACUUGCGAGUACUACAACGAGUCGCUUCAAUUGCGCUGGUGGGGCGUGUUGCUAGCCUGUGGAAUAUCCCUAUUCUUCACUCUCCCAAUAGGAAUAAUAUUUGCCACCACAAACCAGGCACCAGGCUUGAACAUCAUUACAGAAUAUAUAAUUGGGUAUAUAAAUCCAGGGCUUCCUGUUGCCAAUAUGUGUUUCAAGGUAUAUGGAUAUAUCAGCAUGACUCAAGCUCUGACCUUCCUACAAGACUUUAAGCUUGGCCACUACAUGAAGAUUCCACCAAGGUCGAUGUUCAUGGCCCAGGUUGUAGGAACAAUUCUGUCAGUGUUGGUAUACCUACUAACUGCAUGGGGAAUGAUGGAUGCAAUCCCGAAUCUCUGUGACAAAGCACAACUUCCCAAGGGUAGUCCGUGGACAUGCCCGAUGGAUAAGGUGUUCUUUGAUGCCUCUGUUAUAUGGGGGCUUCUCGGCCCCCGGAGGAUCUUUGGGAACCUUGGUGAAUAUGGAAUGAUAAAUUGGUUCUUCCUUGGUGGAGCCAUAGCCCCACUCUUAGUCUGGCUUGCCCACAAGGCUUUUCCGAGCCAGAAAUGGAUUCGUCUUAUUCACAUGCCUGUACUGAUAGGUUCCACAGGACUAAUGCCCCCAGCUACUGCUGUGAACUACACUAGUUGGUUAAUUCUUGGAUUUUUAUCCGGCUACGUGUUCUAUCGGUACCGUCCAGGAUUAUGGAAACGCUAUAAUUAUGUUCUCUCAGGCGGGCUUGAUGCUGGGACGGCCUUUAUAACAUUAUUGAUAUUUUUCAGUUUGAAUUACUGGGGUGUCAUUUUCAACUGGUGGGGAACCAACGAUGAAGGGUGCCCAUUGGCUUCCUGUCCAACAGCCAAAGGUGUUUUCAAGGAUGGUUGCCCGGUUGUCUAGCCUAACUAUUGUUUGCUUUUCCUUUUUCCAUAGGUCUAUUUUCAUCUUAUUUGGAGCAAUUAGCUUUCUUCUCAAUCUGUAAAUAUUUUGCUAUAGUUAUUGCUUAUAUCAGAUGCAUAAGAUCCAUGGAUAAAGUUAUUGGUUAUAUUA